AUGUGUGAAAAACCGAAUAAAAAUCCUAUGGAGCAUACAAUGACGUACACAGGAGAGAAGCCAUUUCAGUGUGAUUUGUGUGAUAAGUCAUUCAAACAGAAUUAUCAGUUGACAAUACACCGACGAUCACACACAGGAGAGAAACCAUAUCAGUGUGAAUUGUGUGAUAAGUCGUUCACUAAGAAUAUUCAGUUGACAACACAUCGACGAUCGCACACAGGAGAGAAGCCUUAUAAAUGUGACAUUUGUGGCAAAUUUUUUGGUUAUAGUCAAGUUCUGAAGACACACCGACGAACGCACACAGGAGAGAAACCAUAUCAGUGUGAAUUGUGUGAUAAGUCGUUCAAUAAGAAUAUUCAUCAAGUUCUGAAGACACACCAACGAAUGCACACUGGAGAGAAGCCAUAUAAAUGUGACAUUUGUGGCAAAUUUUUUGGUUAUAAUCAAGUUCUGAAGAUACACCGACGAACGCACACAGGAGAGAAACCAUUUCAGUGUGAUUUGUGUGAUAAGUCGUUCAAUCAGAAUAAUCAGUUGACAAUACACCAAAGCACGCACACAGGAAUGAAACCAUUUCAGUGUGAUUUGUGUGAUAAGUCGUUCAAUCAGAAUAUUCAGUUGACAAUACACCAACGAACGCACACAGGAGAGAAGCCUUAUAAAUGUGACAUUUGUGGCAAAUUUUUCCGGUAUCGCAAUAAUUUUACAGUUCAUCGGCGUACACAUAUGGUAUAG